AUACUAGUUUCGUCCCGCAGAUGAACCCAUUAUACUAAAUGGUAAAAAAAGGUUUCUUUACAAAAUGGAGCUGUUGAGUGAAGUGUCUAUAUAUGAGUAUAUAUUUAUAUAUGAGUAUAACCAACCUCACCGAGGGAGUUGUGCACUACGAAGUGUUGAAUGGUCAGUUAAAGCAAUUAAGUUUCAUAAUUUCUGAGUCCGAGAGAAGUUGUAGAGCUAGAGGAGCUAGUGUUGACUGCGCCUGCGCACACCAGUUGGAAACAGCGAGGUGUGUCCGUCUCCGUCUGUGUGUUGUCGGUGCUUAUAUAUAGUGAUAGUGAAUCUACUUCUUGCCGUAAUUGAUUCAAAUCCAUUUUUGGUAUAAAGAUCGUAGUGGGUGACAGUGCGCCAUCAUGUAUCAGCAGCAGGGAUCCAAUACAGCGGGCGGGACAGCCCCGAGGUCGCUCUCCCGACCACCGUUGCUUCAGCCACAAUUGGUAUUUCUACUUACAAGACCUUAGGUCUUUUUAUAACGAGUUGCUUUAUUUCUUAGUACAACUACGACCUUAGUUGUUUUUGAUGAAAAGCCACGAUUGACAUUGAUGACAUUGGCUAUCAUGCAAUUGUAUCUAUCACACCAGAUUCCGCAGCUAAGCGGGAACUUUGGGUUUGGGAUCGGCCAGUUUUCCAGUUUCUCAAACCAAGCAGGGAUGAUGAAUCGCGGGUACCGGACCGCCUCACCGGCUGUUUCUUCCUCCGUUGGUGCAUCUAAUACUUUCCAGGCAGGACAUCAGCAUGGCGCGAGAGACAGUAGCAAUAGCAAAGUUCUCCUCGUCUCUGGUGGAGUCGGUGUUGGUGCGUCAGCGUCAUCCACGAUAUCGACCUCAAGCGGAGCAAGCUCGGCCAGUAGUGGCAGCGGGGCACCGCCGACUUCUUCUGGCGGGUCUUCGAAGGUGACCACUUCAGGCAGUGCAAGUGGAUCCUCCUCACGUGCGCCAGCGUCCACAUCGAAGGGUGUUGGGGGUACAACUUCUUCCAGCAGUGGAGGAGGUAAUCAUGCUGGAGCGAUGGCUAUGAGCAGAAGCAGCGCCAACGGAACAGGAGGUACAACAGGGCAACAUCAACAAGUAGUGUAUAAUAGGAGCAGCGGGGCAAGCGCAAGAGAAAGCGCAACCGCAGCGUCGUCUGCAGCCCCAACUUCGGGAGCAACCUCCGCUAUUAGAGACUUGCAGGGCACGACCACUGCGGGCGGCGCUUCCGGAUCCGCUGCCAUGUUACAGAACCAACGGCAAACACAACACGUGACGACUACGCGGACAACGAGUGCGAGUGGCGUUGUUACGAGCACCGUUACACGAACAGCGUCUCGACCCGCCUCCAGUGCCUCCUCUGUCUCAACGAGCACCUCCUACAACCCAGCCUCUAGAGUUGGAGGCCCCCCACUUCCUCCCACAACCUCCUCCUCGAAACCCUCCAUUUCAACCGCGCAACAUCGUACUUACUUCAUAUUUGAUUUUCACUCUCACUUAACAUGACUUAUCUUCUUUCUCAAGAAGAAUAAUAGGAGCAAAGCAGAUUAUAUACCAAGUUAGACAACUACAUAUUAAAAGCUACUCAAAGUAACAUCAUGCUGCAUCUCACGUUCUUCUACUUAAUGUUCACCCUCGUUAUCAGGUUCCUCAACUGCUACUGGUUUGCGCACCGUGAUGAAAACGCCUAUUCAGCAGAAACCCAUGCCAAUGGUAAUGCAGCUGGGCUUAAAACAGCCUAAUGCGCAACUAAACGCGAUGACAUUCAACCAGAAGCACCCACCGGUUGCGCCAGCUAAGAAACUCGAUACUGCUGCUAGAUUUGAAGCUGCUGUCGCUGCAAUGAAAAGAGAAGGUCCGCUCAGGCUUUCGCCGCGGUCAACCGCGGGCUCAUGUGCGUCUGCUGGCAUGCCUGGCGGACAGCCAGCAGCCAUCGGAAUGCUCGAUGGAAAACUCAUCGUGCGUGGCCCAAAAGCUGUCCUAGACCAAAUGAAGAAGAAUUCUGUCCUAAAAGAAUUGGAGGAAAAAGAAGCGCUUGCGUAAUUCUAGUCCUACUUAAUAGUGUGCUGUCCUUUCAUUCAUGGAUUCUCUACUUUCGUUUGAGUUCUUGAUCUCCUUAGAUUUGUCCAACACGAACACACGUGUUGUACUACUUAGGCACCUACUAUUUACCGUUGGUGGCAUUCGCUCUAGGUAGUAGGUGAUUGGGCCUCAAAAAAACAACAGGUGGUGUGAGGAGGGACCGGUCCCAAGCGACACCCUUAUUGCGCUAGAUUUCGAUAAGACGUUGGUGAAGAAUUUUCUCUGGGCAGAUCUCGGAGGCCUGCAGGGAGCAAGUGUACUUUAUCAUCUUUUGCUCAACAUGCAGUUGCAUCAAGAGUAACAAGUGUUGAAAACAGGACACUAGCGAGAAUCAUGUGGCCACGGAGCAGGCAUUUCGAUUUGAUACUGAGUAUGAGCACUUUUAACUAUUAGUACCACUCCUGCUUUGGUAAACAUCUUCACCGUUCUUUUUUAUUCAUGUUCAAGCACAAGCCAAAGGAAAUUGCAAGUCUCAACCUCAUCUUUCCCACAGAUCCAGAAGAACAAUUUGGUGAAUUGGGUGCGCGACGGCCGAUUAAAAAAGCUCGCUUUCGGAGGCGACGAAAGAAUAACGAGAUUGCGAGAGGCGAUCCAAGCAAGGCUAGAUCGCGGUGAUUUCGUUUGCGUUCUCAGCUCAGGUAUUACAGAAGGUCUUGCUGCCUGGUUGCUCAUAUAUGGUUUUCUCCCACCUGAUCCUCUUGUUGAUGUUGUAGUGCAGAAUUUUAUAUGUGGGAGUACAACAGGAACAGCGAAGGCGAACACGCGGCAGAAUCCGAAAUACAUAGUAUCUCACAAAAAGCUUCCUUGUUCCUUCAUCAGCAUAUUAUCGAAGCAACUUUAUCAGGUUUUGCUUCAGUCAUCAAAGUGGCGCUGCAGCAUGUGGGGCUCUCUGACAUACUUCCGCAGGACUUGAUUUACGGCUGCGACACACAGCCCUACGGAAUCAAUAAGUCAACCCGAUUAGCCAAGCUUCGGGAGAAGCACCGCAGAACCCGCGCUGUCUUGAUCGACGACGAUCUCAAGUACUGGCUUUUCUAGAUUCAUCAUCUAGACAUGCUGCUUCAUCUAGGUCACACACAAAAUACAAUGUCAUUUAGUUGUAACGAACGUUUUAUACAACACAGAGGAAUCAUAUUAGAAGAUGACGACUUCAUGUAGUACAUAUUGUCAUCGGAUGAAUUAAACUGUCUCGAAGAAGCUAGUUGUACCUGAUAUUUCGCUCCUCAUCAUAAUCAGUUAUUGCCGACAAGCCAUUCGGGAUGGGCACCACGCGAUUUGGGUCAAAGAUGGACAGGGAAUUGAGGAGAGCGAAAUGCACAAAUUAAAGAAUAGCCUGUGGGAUCAGACGUUGUAGUUGCAGCUCUUGUUGCGGCGGUUGUAUUAGUAUGGAGGGGUAACUGUACCACUUCUUUAGCCGACAAAAUUUGGAUCCUUCUGGAGGUGGACGACGGGAAUUAUACCUUGCUUCAUGAAGCAUCCAAAGAGAACGCUUCUCGUCCAAAGAGGAAAUGCGGAAAUCGGAGGAUGAAGCGAACAAUAAUUUGUUGGUUCGGACAUGAUUGCUGAAUCAGUUACAUCAGUAAAUAAGUAUGUAACUACAACUACCCACUGAAAAUGUGAACAAUUAUCCUAACGAAGAAAGCUUCAUAAGACCACUCGCCGAUAACAGCGCAAACAUAGAGUCAGCUCUUCAAUAAAGCAAACGAAUAUAUAAAAUUUCGUCUAAAGUUGACUGAAUUUUUCAACGCUGGGGCCGGGAUACAGAUAGAAUUUGAAUUCUUGGUGAUUUGUUUCCAAUCCCAGUCGUCGCCAGUGACAUGAGCACUUAAAUCGAUUUAUGUCGUACUCGAAAAUGAAGAUAAAAUUAUGUAGAAGCUUGUGGGAGCAUAUGAGCUACAACGCGAUAGAAUUUGACGGCUCUUUUUGUACUGCAAUCGCUGGUGGAGGGCGAGGCCGCAUCACGUGUUCGCGCCGUUGAUUUGUGGAGAUUUUUUAUCGGGUGAUCUUUGAUUUCUUGGUUCUUGCCCCUUGCAGCGCUCUGGUGUUACUUUUUCGAAGCUGUGUUGAGGGCGGCCCUCUAUGACGAGGAAGGACUGCGAUGCUUGUCCGAACACAUCGAGGAGCUGGGCC